AGAUAAGACACCAGAUAAGGAUCAUCUGCAUCAAGAUAUAGAGUGAAACAUUCCUCCAUUUCCAUAUGGACUUACAGUCAUCCAAGGAAGACGACAUUGUGCUUGUAACAUGUCUUAGAACUAUCCAGAGGACCUGAAGGGACUAUACAGUGACUCUGUCUUUCGUUUUGUCCUUCAGUCACCUUUCCCUGACAACAAGGACAUAGAGAUAAGCACUAAAGUACCAUGCAGGACGACCCUGAGCGAUACUUGGUGAUUGGGGGAAACAGAACGGGAGACAUCCACAGGACUGGUAGUGGGUUUGCUGGUGUGGGAAAUGGGGGAGGCAGGGGAGACAGGGGAGAUGAGCAAGACACAAGCAUGGAGCUGGAGUAUUUGACCAGUAGCACAACAGACAAUGCUGACACCAGAGAACGUCAGAUUGCAGAAGAAGAUGAGGACGGUAACAUCAUCACGCAAAGGAACAACAUCACAGCUAAAACGAUUGACAUUAGGACUCAAUGUGAUGACUUCAGAGAUGAGGUCAACGGUGAGUCCGAGAGCCAAUCAGAGCACAGCGAGUUUCGGGUCUACAUAGAGGUGGGCGUGGCUAAGGUGGAGCUAGCCCCGGAACCACUCAAGGCCCAAUCGUCUUUCCAAGGAUCUCCAGAGGUCCCUUCUACUGUGAGCACUGGUAACCAUGGCACUGACAUUAAAACAGACACUUUGAUGAAUGACAACACCAUCUCCAGCACUGACUUUGAUAAUAAUAGCGCUAAAAUGACCACUGACACUUAUGAUCAUUUAGAUGAUAGCGUCAAAGUCAACGAUGAAGAUUCUUUGGACAAAAAGAGUACUGAUUUUCUCCCUGACAGCACUGAAUUCAAAAUGAAGGCUCCCAAGGAUGUUACAUGCACUGCCAGUCCUGACAACACAGACUUUACCGAAGAUGCCUUUAAAUUAAAAACAAACCCACACAAUCACAAUCCUGAUCUGGCCAUGAUGGACUCCACAACAACCCUCUGCAGACGUAACCACGACAACCACACAACCGCCGAAAUCCCAUCCGACGACACUUCCACUUCUAGAUCGGAAACUUCAGUCCCUCUCAACCAAUCGGCCCCUGCGCCCGACAUCACAUGGGACGACACCCCGAACCUCAGGGAGGGGGGCGAAGGCGAUGGUAGACUGCCCUCAAAGAGGAGUGUAGCAGAGGGGGUGUGCUGCUGCUACAGAGCAGUGCACAAGGCCUUCAUAAGGUGCCUGGAGGAGACGCCAGCCAUGCUGCCUGGACUGUUGCUGGCCAUGGGCUUCUGUGUGGCUAUCAUCAUCCUUAUACCAGCCACCGGCAGGAACAUCAGUGUCCAUGUAGGGGCCCUGUCCGUGGUCUGUGUGGUGCUGUGUGUGAGCACAGCCCUGCUGGUGGCCCUGCCCUGGCUGGCCGUGGUGAGGCGGUGUGGGGGAGCGCUGUCACUUUGCCUCUGGGGGGCCCUGUAUGUCACAGCCAUAGUCUUCACCUUCACCGGAGGGCCCGUCACCGCAUGGGAACAGGUAGCGUUCUUCCUCUUCCUGUCUCUGUGUGUGUACACGGUGCUGCCCCUGUCCCUAGCCUGGGCUCUGAUGGUGGGCAUAGGGACCAGUGUGUCACACAUCAUCAUCAUCAGUGUCUACGUUCCCGUCACUAGGCCUGACACACCAGACCUGGCAGUGCAGCUGGUGGCCAACACUGUGUUGUUUUUGUGUGUGAACUGUGUGGGAGUGUUUCACCUGUGGCAGACUGAGCAUGCCCACAGGAAGUCCAGUAAGAAGAAAGAGAGGUUCAGCGCCGUGCGCUCCCAGAGGGACAUACAAAAACACCAGCAGGAGCACCUCCUCCUGUCUGUGUUGCCACGAUAUAUCGCCAUGGAGCUGAAGACGGAGAUCAUCAAACGACUGUCUGAGAAUAAAGACAAAGGACAGAACUUCCACAGUCUGUACAUCCGGCAACACAAAGAUGUCAGUAUUCUGUAUGCUGACAUUGUGGGGUUUACUAAGCUGGCCAGUACCUGUUCUCCUGAGGAGCUGGUGGGAGUCCUCAAUAAGCUCUUCGGCAGGUUCGAUGACAUUGCCAAGAAGAACGAGUGUUUGCGUAUAAAGAUCCUGGGUGAUUGUUACUACUGUGUGUCCGGUCUGCCAGACCCAAUCCCAACCCACGCCAGGAACUGUGUUCAGAUGGGACUUGACAUGUGCACUGCUAUCAAUAAACUACGGGAGGCUACUGGUGUGGAGAUCAGUAUGAGAGUGGGUGUGCACUCCGGCAACGUUCUCUGUGGCGUGAUUGGUCUACAGAAGUGGCAGUACGACGUCUGGUCACAUGACGUGACCCUGGCCAACCAUAUGGAGUCUGGGGGCAUGCCAGGGCGUGUCCACAUUACAGAGGAGACACUGGGACACUUAGCUGGGGUGUACCAAAUGGAGGACACUGACGGGGGGAGCCGGGAUGCUCUGCUAAAGGGGAGGAAAACCUACCUGGUGAUCGACCCCCAUAAGGAAGAUACCACCUCUAAGAAGAAGGGAGAGACUAACACCCUGACGGUCAGUGGUCGUAAGCAGCGAGCCUCAGUGAGGAUGUCUCAGUACCUGCAGUCCUGGCAGACCAUCAGUCCAUUCUCUGACCUCAGCAAUCCUGAGGCCACACCCACCCAGCUGCCAAUCACCCCGACCUGCGCCAGCACGAACCAAUCACAGCCGUCCGCAGAUAGACCACCUACUCUUCCCGAUUCCAACAGUACCAGUCAAGUCCUGGAUGAUGGCAUAAGAGGGUCGUUAGAUACCAUAGACGCUGCAGGGCGGAGGGAAAAGAAGCUGAACUGCUUCACACUGUUAUUCAAUGACCUAAAGCUGGAGAAACAGUUUCGUCUCUCAGAGGUCAAAGGUCUACACCAGUCAGUAGGCUGCAUGGCUCUCAUCUUCGUGUCUCUAUUUACUGUCCAAAUGCUCGUCUCCCAGAAAAACGUUGCCAUGGCUGUGUCGUAUGGGGUCACCUUCCCUGUUCUAGUGCUUCUUCUCUCCGUGGUCUGCACUCGAUACCUCAAGAUAUGGCGCUCUAAGAUGCCUCUCAGUGUACAGUGGGUGUCGUCGCUGUCGCAAGGAGUGGCUACAAGGGCAGCGGUACGUUUAGUACUGGUCUGCCUCUGUCUACUCAUCACCCUGCUUAUGGCCAUACUGAACUUUUUAUUUCUACCUGGAAACAACUGUACCUCCAUCUCCCACAACACAACACAACUACAGAACCUCAACCUGUACACUGUCCCUUAUUACCUGUACUGCUGCCUGCUGGCUAUGCUAGGUGUGGUGGUGUUUGUGAGGACGUGUAUGUCCGUCAAAGUGUUGCUCCUCACCCUGGCUGUAGUAGUCUACCUGGCUCUCUUCCUCCAUGUCUAUGCACCUCGCUCAGACUGUUACAUGGCCCUGCUCUACAACGAUACAAAGCCUGGAGUCCUAAAGGAGCCUAAGAUCAUGGCUGGAGUCUGGCUGUUCAUCUUCUAUUUUACAUGCCUCAUACUGGCACGACAGGAUGAGUUGGGUUGUCGCGUGGAGUACCUACUGAAGCAGUGUUUCAGAACUGAGAGGGAUGAGAUGGAGACCAUGGAGAACGUUAACAAACUACUACUGAAGAACGUCCUGCCUCUUCAUGUAGCAUCUAAAUUCAUGGGCAAGGCCAUACGCAACCAGGACCUAUACAGCCAGUCAUGUGACUGUGUGUGUGUGAUGUUCGCCUCGGUACCCCAGUUUAAGGAGUUCUACAGCGAGAGCAGCGUGAACCGAGACGGACUGGAGUGUCUACGCUUCCUCAAUGAGAUAAUCUCAGACUUUGACGAGCUUCUCUCUAAGCCAAAUUUCUGUUCUGUGGAGAAGAUUAAGACUAUUGGCAGCACCUACAUGGCAGCUGCUGGUCUGACCAAUCCUGCUAUAGGGGAAGAGCGAAAGGACUGUGAUGUGUCCUACAGCCAUGUACGCAGCAUGGUAGAGUUUGCCAUCGCUCUGAAGAACAACUUGGAGUCCAUCAACCAACACUCCUUCAACAGCUUUAAGCUACGCAUCGGGAUAAACCAUGGUCCAGUGAUUGCGGGGGUGAUCGGAGCCCACAAACCACAGUAUGAUAUCUGGGGGAACACUGUGAACGUGGCGAGUAGGAUGGACAGCACCGGAGUACUAGACAAGAUCCAGGUGACCGAGGAAACAGCUCAGGUUGUGGAGACCUUUGGCUUCAGUGUGACCAAGAGAGGAGUCAUCACCGUCAAGGGCAAGGGAGAACUGACCACCUACUUCAUCAACACCGACUGACCAAUCAUAUCCUCCCUUCUGACCUCUCCAACCAAUCAUCAUCACUCAUCUGGCCACACAUCAAACACUGACCUAUCACAAUCGUCCUUAUUUAUUCUCAUACAGUAAUGCUGUGAACGGGAACACUGCAUUAGGAGGAAGGAGGUGCUGUCUUUUGGAUGAAUACGUUAAACAGAACGUCAAAAAAUAAAUACUUGGUUGGCAGGCAAUUUGCGAUAAUUUAUUAUUUGUGUUUUGAAUGAAUCUCUCACUACUCAUGAACUACUGUAUCUAUUUAUGUGUGAUCUUUUGAUGACAGACAACAAACCAAAGCCAUUUAGGAAUAUGCUCUUACUAAUGACAGUGACACAGAGUGGGUUCAAGGCAAGUAAUGACAGUGAAUGUUCCUUAUUAGGAAAUUAUAGGCUAUCUGGAAACACAAGAUUGUGUAGUUUUCAAUGGUUUCCUAAAAGGGAUGUCAUACAUAAUUGGUGCUGCCUAUAAUAAGAAUAAGAAUGGGCUGAUGUUAUUUCAAUGGAUGAGGAAGUAGUUGCCAGUAGGCUGUCACUGCCAAAGGUACUGAUGCAUUCACACUUUUGAAUCCAUCUGCCACCACUUUAGUGCAAUAUAACUUACUGUACAUAACUUUUGAUAAUGGAAUUUCAGAUAAAUGUUUUUUAUUUAGUUUUUAAAGAUAUUCAUAUAUUUUGUCUAUUCUGAACGACUUUAUAAGCACGCCUGAGCAUACAGUAUAUGAAUGCACAUAGAAAUGAACUAAGAUGUGGUAGGUUGUGCAAUCGCUUCUGUAAGCUACCAAAAAGUGCAUAAAACAUUUUGUAAGCUCAUAAAAAUAUGUGUAUUUCUUUGUACUCAUAAUGUUUCAUGAACCUGUGAAGCACUGGACAUGUGAAUGUAGAAAUAUGUUAUAUUUAAAAAUUAUUUAGCUAUAUGCCAGUUUGGUGAAGCAAAAUA